UUUCCUCCAACUUUUCUGCGUAAGUUUUUGCAAAGUCCAUUGAUUUAUGGAAGUGCAUUGUUUACCUGUGGCUGAUGCUCAUAGACACUAAUGCUUUCCCUGAAUAUCUGGCAGGCCAGAAGAAUGUUUGAGGGAGAAAUGGCAAGUCUGGAAGCUAUCCUGAAAACACAGACGAUAAAAGUGCCCAAACCCAUCAAAGUUAUAGACCUGCCUGGGGGCAGUACUGCAUUUGUAAUGGAGCAUUUGGAAAUGAGGGGCUUAAACAGACAUUCUGCACUGCUUGGAACUCAACUGGCUGAUCUUCACCUUCAUAACCAGAAACUUGGAGAGAAGAUGAAGAAAGAAGGGAGCACAGUUGGUAAAGGACAAGGGGAAACAGAAGUUCAGUUUGUGGAUCAAUUUGGCUUUCAUACUGUUACCUGCUGUGGUUAUCUUCCACAGGUGAACGACUGGCAGAGUGACUGGGUGAGUUUCUUCGCCAGACAAAGGAUCCAGCCCCAGAUGGACAUGGUUGAAAAGAAAUCAGGUGACAGAGAAGCAAGAGAACUUUGGGCACAGCUGCAGCUGAAGAUACCCAGUUUGUUCUGUGAUGUGGAAAUUGUUCCUUCUCUCCUGCAUGGGGAUCUCUGGGGAGGAAAUGUAGCUGAGGAUGAUUCUGGUCCAAUUAUCUUCGAUCCAGCUUCUUUCUACGGCCAUUCAGAGUACGAGCUUGCAAUAGCUGGGAUGUUUGGUGGCUUCAGCAGUUCUUUUUAUUCUGCUUAUCACAGUAAAAUUCCCAAAGCUGCAGGGUUUGAGAAACGCCUGAAGCUUUAUCAGCUGUUCCACUACAUGAACCACUGGAACCAUUUUGGUUCAGGGUACAGAGGGUCUUCUUUAAACAUUAUGAGAAACCUUGUAAAGUAAGUUGCAGCUUAAGCCAAAUAUUUCCUGUGCUGUUUGGAGAGCCCCGUACUUGGUGGUGCAACUGCAGGAGUAGUAAUGUUAAAAACCAUCUGUGAGACCCUUGACCUUGUAAAAGACCUAGAACCAGUGACUCCUGCUGAAUACCAGGUGUGAAAUAGUCAUCCCUUUUUAGGACAGCUGGGGAUAACUCCACGAGGGAAAACACUAA